CAACGUUUCCUCCUCAGCCUUCACUUACAAGUUACAAAGCUACCCAUUCUCUCUCUAGCGACACCGGAAAACGCGUUUAGGUUUUCUGCCUAACAUCGCCGAUCAAGCUCCGAGCAACACAAAUCCGAUCUCGAUUUCUCGCAUUUAGUGUGAGUAUUCAAGCAAAUUUUCUCGCAUCGAUCGAUCGUCUUCAAUUCAUGGCUCUUGCGCAGUCUUUUGGAGUAGAAGAUUCUUCGGAGAAGGCUUCUGCCUGCUUCGACUGUAACAUUUGCUUCGAUUUUGCGUGCGAUCCAGUGGUCACACUCUGCGGCCAUCUCUAUUGCUGGCCCUGCAUCUAUGAGUGGUUUAAUGUUCAAGGCCGUUCGGAUAAGCAUCUCCAGUGCCCUGUUUGCAAGACAGAAAUGUCGCACACAUCUGUGGUCCCUCUUUACGGUAGCGGCAAGAAGAUGCCGGAAUCUGAGCCGGAAAACAAGCUGUCUUCUCUGAAGGUGCCGCCAAGGCCGUCGGCGCGUGCACAAUCUUUGACGGUUCCGAAUUCUCAGCGGCUUUCGUCUCACAAUUCUUACCAGUCCUUUUCACCGUCUUUCAAUUACCUCGGGGACAAUCAAGGAAUGAGCGUCAAUCACCCUGCGGUUGGGAUGUUUGGCGAGAUGGUAUACGCUAGGGUUUUUGGAAACUCGGAGAGCGUUUAUGGAUAUCCUAAUUCAUAUCACUUAGUAGGAAACAGUAAUCCAAGGUUGAGAAGGCAGCAGAUUCAGGCGGACAAGUCGCUAAGCAGAAUAACGUUUUUCCUUUUCUGCUGCUUUCUUUUGUGCUUAGUGUUGUUUUAGUUCCAUCAUUCAUCCAUCCCCUUAAUUUUGUACACAAAUUUUCCGAUUAAUAUAAUGCAUCCGAGAUUGACUGCAAAUCUUUUCCGGCUA